AUGGGCCUGUGGUUAUCAGUAGAAUUAACGGGAAAACUCGCCCUCCUGCUCUUCAGCCCCAGUGGUGCGGAAUUCGCUGGUGUUCGAAAUCGGAGUCAGAGAAUAACCCAGGGUGUUUUUAUCUAUGACAACACAGUACUGCUAUUUGAUAAAUCUAUCUUCAAUUGUGGUGAAGGUAUCGAAGUCAUGUUUCGGCACACCGCCUAA